AUGAGGAAGAUGCUGGCCGCUGUGGUGUCCCACGUGUUUUCGGGAGCGACCCAGAAGCCAGCCAUGAGAGGGCUGCUGGCGUCCCUGAACUUCUCCAACGACGCCACCUGCGACAUUAAGAAAUGCGACCUGUACCGGCUGGAAGAGGGCCCUCCGACCUCCACCGUGCUCACCCGAGAGGAGGCCCUCAAGUACUACCGGACCAUGCAGGUGAUUCGGCGCAUGGAGCUGAAGUCUGACCAGAUGUACAAGCAGAAGUUCAUUCGUGGUUUCUGUCACCUGUGUGACGGGCAAGAAGCCUGCUGCGUGGGGCUGGAGGCGGGGAUCAAUCCCACGGAUCACGUCAUCACGUCCUACCGGGCUCAUGGCUUGUGCUACACACGGGGGCUGUCGGUCAAAUCCAUUCUCGCCGAGCUGACUGGACGCCGAGGAGGCUGUGCCAAGGGCAAAGGAGGCUCGAUGCACAUGUACGGCAAGCACUUCUACGGAGGCAAUGGCAUUGUUGGGGCACAGGUACCCCUGGGAGCCGGUAUCGCUUUCGCCUGUAAAUACUUGGGAAAUGGUCAGGUCUGCCUGGCUCUGUAUGGCGACGGUGCGGCUAACCAGGGGCAGGUGGCCGAAGCUUACAAUAUAUCGGCCUUGUGGAAAUUACCUUGUGUCUUCAUCUGUGAGAAUAACCGCUACGGAAUGGGGACGGCCGUUGAGAGAGCAGCAGCCAGCACUGAUUACCACAAGAGAGGCAAUUUUAUCCCUGGACUGAGGGUGAAUGGGAUGGAUAUCCUCUCUGUCCGUGAGGCGACCAAGUUUGCAGCUGAUCACUGCAGAUCUGGAAAGGGGCCCAUUUUGAUGGAACUGCAGACCUACCGUUAUCAUGGACACAGUAUGAGUGACCCAGGGGUCAGUUACCGUUCACGAGAAGAAGUUCACAACAUGCGAAGCAAGAGUGAUCCUAUUAUGCUUCUCCGAGAGAGAAUGAUAAACAACAACCUCAGCAACGUUGAAGAGUUGAAGGAAAUCGAUGCAGAUGUGAGAAAAGAAGUUGAGGAAGCAGCCCAGUUUGCUAUAACUGAUCCAGAACCAACUUUGGACGAAUUAGCUCAUCACCUCUACUACCGCAAUCCACCAUUUGAAGUUCGUGGUACAAAUAAAUGGAUCAAGUAUAUGUCUGUCAGUUAGACAGAGAUGACUCAUAGAUAUGUUAUGAAUUCUUCAGCGAAAAAUUUACGUUGAACUUUAGUAAACUUCUCAGUUUUGUUAAGGAGGAAUAAAUAAAAUAUUAAAGACAAAGGUCUUGUAAAUCUUCAUAAAGAUAGAUUAAUAGCUUAUUAAGGGGAUUAGAAGAUAAGCAUUUGUUUUAAAGGGAUGUUCCAUUUAUAUUGUAACUUUAAAACGCACUAUAUCAUAAAUAAUAUGAAUGACUUUUAGAAUAUUUUAAAUUUAUAGUCUCAAUUUAUAAAUCUAAAAUAGGAAAAUCAUUAACUUCCCCAAUUUGUCGUAAUUGUUUGAUUUCACUUUAGUCAUGAAAUAAAUACUGUUCUUUA